AUUUUUUUAUAUACUGUACUUUAAAGCCAGACAAAAUAAAUACAAAAAUAACUACAAAUAAAAUAAAUUUUCUAAAAAUACCUAGUAUGGAACAAAAUACUCAGAGAUUUGUUGCACCAUGGGCUUCAGGUGAAAAGCUUCGCAAAGUUGAAUCUGAGGUUCUUAUUCCAAACUUAAUGAAAAAAAAAGCAAAAGUUUUAUGUCAAGAUUAUAUGAAGGCUUUUGAUGCGUGCUCUAAAGGAAGAGUGUUUUCUUUAAUGUGGUCUUGUAAAGGCGAAGUCCAAGCUCUCAGAAAUUGCAUUAGUAAUGAAUUAGAAAAACCUGAUCUUUAUUCUGAGGCAAAAUUGGAAUAUUUAAAAGAGCGUGAAAAAUUUCAGGAAGAAUAUGUAGAAACUGGAAGUUUAAAAAAAAAGAAAAAAGAAAUCAGGAAGGAAGAAAUUUUAUAAAGCAGAAUCUAAAUGAAAAUUAUUUGUAAAAGAAUCAUUGAAGAAUUUGCUUAAGAUCUAGA